CUGCCGUGAGCGAAAGGACGACAGCUAUGUUUUCAUGUGAGGAUUCUGGGCCUUCUCUUCGGCGGAUAUGGAUCCAUUCGCCUAGCAAAUUGUGUUAAAAACAUACAUAGUGCGAAACAGAAGAACCGAAAAAUGUUCGGCCGUUCAAGGAGCUGGGUCGGAGGGCAGGGGAAGUCCAAAAACAUUCAUUCUUUGGACCAUUUGAAGUACAUGUACCAUGUCCUGACAAAGAACACAACAGUGACUGAUCACAACAGAAAUCUUCUGGUGGAAACUAUCCGGUCCAUCACUGAGAUUCUCAUCUGGGGUGAUCAGAAUGACAGCUCUGUCUUUGACUUCUUUUUGGAAAAGAACAUGUUUGCGUUUUUCCUCAACAUACUUCGGCAGAAAUCCGGACGGUAUGUGUGUGUCCAGCUUCUGCAAACGCUCAACAUCCUUUUCGAGAACAUCAGUCAUGAGACUUCUCUCUAUUAUUUGCUGUCCAAUAAUCACGUUAAUUCCAUCAUUGUGCACAAGUUUGACUUCUCUGAUGAGGAAAUCAUGGCCUACUAUAUCUCCUUUUUGAAAACUUUGUCUCUGAAACUCAACAACCACACAGUGCACUUCUUCUACAAUGAGCACACUAAUGAUUUUGCCCUGUACACGGAGGCCAUUAAGUUUUUCAACCACCCAGAGAGCAUGGUCAGGAUCGCGGUCAGGACUAUCACACUCAAUGUGUACAAAGUGUCAUUAGACAACCAGCACAUGCUACACUACAUCCGGGACAAAACAGCCGUGCCGUACUUCUCCAAUUUGGUCUGGUUCAUAGGCAGCCAUGUCAUCGAGCUGGACAAGUGUGUGCAGACUGAUGAAGAACAUAAAAACAGAGGAAAACUCAGCGAUCUGGUAGCUGAGCACCUGGACCAUCUUCACUAUCUGAACGACAUCCUCAUCAUCAACUGUGAGUUUCUCAGUGACGUGCUGACCGACCACCUGCUCAACCGCCUCUUCCUUCCCCUCUACGUGUACUCUCUGGUCAGUCAAGAGCAGUCUGAAGACCGCAAGAUCAACCCUCAGGUGUCUCUCUACCUGCUGUCACAGGUGUUUCUAAUCAUCCACUACCAGCCGCUUGUCCACUCUCUGGCUGAUGUCAUUCUGAACGGAGACCUGUCAGUGUUCACCCUGCAGACCGAGCAGAGCGCUCACAAGAGUUCAAGCAAUGCUGGUGUUCGUCGCUUCACCAAGCCCCCAGAAAGUCUGGAGCGUUCCUUGGAGAUGAGUCGUCACCGUGGGAGGAAGAGGACCCAGAAAAGACCCAACUACAAGAAUGUGGGCGAGGAAGAGGAGGAGGAGCGCGGAUCAGAGGAAGGGCCGGAUGAAGAGAAGGAAAAGGCUAAAGGUACAGAGGCUAGUUCAAAGGCCAGCAGGACAAGUGGGGACAAGGAAGAAAUUGAGAUGGUGGUAAUGGAAAAAUGUAGGAUCUCUGAAGGGUCCACUUUGACGGAACAGAACAUUACCGAUGAGGAGAAGAGCGCGGCUGCGGCACGAUCUGAAGGACAGAAGAGCAGGCCCUUCCUGGACAUGUUGUAUAACGCACUGGACUGUGACACAGAGGAUUACCAGGCUCUGUUUGUGCUUUGUCUCCUGUAUGCCGUGUCUCACAGUAAAGGUAUAAACCCGGAGCUCUUAGAGAGGAUCCAGCUACCUGUGCCAAAUCAAGAGAGGAGCUCUUACAGUCAGGUGUUGGUGGAAAGAGUGAUCCGAAUCAUUAGCCAGGCUGCUCAGCCAGAUGGAAAGGUGCGUCUUGCCACUUUGGAGUUAAGCUGUCUGCUUCUGAAACAGUCUGUGCUGUCUGGCUCUCAAUGCAUUAUAAAGGACAUUCAUUUAGCCUGUUUGGAGGGUGCCCGAGAAGAGAGUCUUCACCUUCUGAGGCGGUUUUAUAAGGGGGAGGAGAUUUUCCUGGACAUGUUUGAGGAUGAGUAUAGGAGCAUGAUGAAUAAGCCCCUAAACGUGGAGUAUCUUAUGAUGGAUGCAUCCAUUUUACUUCCUCCAACUGGCACCCCACUUACCGGCAUUGAUUUUGUGCGAUUGCCCUGUGGAGAUGUCGAGAGGACACGCAGGGCUAUCCGUGUGUUCUUCAUGCUGCGCUCGCUGUCCCUACAGCUGCAAGGAGAACCAGAAACUCAACUUCCUCUCACCCGACCAGAAGAUCUCAUCAAGACUGAUGAUGUGCUUGACCUCAAUAACAGUGAUCUUAUUGCUUGCAUGGUGGUGAGUAAAGACGGGGUUCAAGCUCAGCGCUUCCUGGCUGUGGAUGUGUACCAGAUGAGUCUUGUGGAGCCGGAUUCAAAACGUCUCGGCUGGGGUGUUGUCAAGUUUGCUGGCCUUCUACAGGACAUGCAGGUUUCAGGUGUAGAAGACGACAGCAGGGCCCUGAACAUCAUCAUACACAAGCCCACGUCUAACCCUCACGCCAAGCCUGUGCCCAUCCUGCAGGCUAAUUUCAUUUUUGCAGACCAUAUUCGCUGCAUCAUCGCCAAACAGCGACUAGCCAAAGGCCGCAUCCAGGCCAGACGUAUGAAAAUGCAGCGGAUAGCAGCUCUAUUGGACCUUCCUGUUCAGCCUUGCACAGAGGUGCUGGGCUUCAGCCAACCGUCUGUUACUUCAUCUCUGCCGUUUCGCUUCUAUGACCAGUCCAGACGCGGCCCAGCCUUCGCCUCUGUAGAUAAAGUUCCAGGUUUUGCAGUUGCUCGCGUUACUCAGCACAACCCCACAUCAGCCUCCUCCACCUCACCCCCUUCCAGUGGCCCCACCGGCCCCGCUGACUCUGUCACAGCCAGCAGCGCAUCCACACACACCAUCACACAGAGUCAAACAGGACUUGCCCUGGCGCCUAGCCUCACCCCUGCACCGCAACCCACCAUCUCCCUCCUGUCUGACAAUAACGCCGAAACACUGAGCGUGGACUCCCUGACCCUGCUGCCCCCCGCUGACCCGCCUCGCCUGCGCUCCUUCAGCACCCAGUCCUCCAUCCAAGAUGACGCCUCUGCAGACGGAGAAGAGACAGCGGUUGCCAGCCGAAAGGAAGACGACGACACAGGGGCGAGGGAUGCACAGACUCGAGACGACAGGAAGGAUAUUUCAAUUAUUCCAGAGGAAGAUGAGCCGUCUUCAGAGUCUGUGCCAUUGCUUACUGCAGAAACUGAGGAUCUGAUGCAGAUUCAGAGGGAGGAACCUGUGACUCAGUUCAAGACAGACUCUAUAGGCGUCAUGGCCGACCAAGAGGACAACCCAGACCUGGAGGAGGAAACCGCAAUAGACUGAUACAUCUAAACUGAAAUGUACCAAAAAAAUUAGGGCCAGGUUACUAAAGCAAGAACGCUUGUUAAUGUUGAUUACUCAAUGUGAGCAUGACCGAUUCUGGUUUUGCACAAGCUACUUAAGCAAGUUGGCAUAUGCUUUCAGCUUUAGUGAUUCAGGCCCUCAGUUGUAUCUGUGUCUAUUUGCGAACAGUGUCAACACAGAGGUUACCAGUACUUUUCCUUAUAUCAAGACCAUGAUGCAUUUCAUAGGAAAAUGGCACACUUAGAACAAUGGCAUAAUUGUUUGUCAUGAGUAAGUGCUGCUUAAAGCACAGUCUUUUUCUGUGUCGUGCGUGAGUUGAUCCAGCUGUUUCUCUGCAUGUGCGUCUGUUUUGUGAUUGUGUGCGACUGUUGGAGUGUGCGCGCGAAUGGUUUUAUGAUACCGAGCAGAUGGAGAGGAGGAGAGGGCGUGUUUGUAUAAAUCUGUAUCUGAGUGGGUUAGUGGGGAAAGCCCGCUUGAUUCUACCAGUCUUAACACUGAGGAAUGUACAAAGACUUCUGGGUCUAUCCAGCGGUGCUCUUUUCUGAAGGUACAUUUAGUUUUGGCUGAACAUUAGUUUUCACUUCAUCGUUUUGAAAAAAAGCCCUUUUGUGUCAUUCUGUGGAGAUUGUAAGGAACCGAUAUGAGCUUGAAGUAACCCGUUUUAAUUAGUUGCUGCAUUUAAGAUCAUCCAUCCGGUGACCUCUUGCACCAUCAAGCCUUUUUGUACAAAAACCGCUGACUCACUUAUAUCAGUCACGUUAUUUCAUCAGGUGAACAAACCUGAUGUCACUGAGUUUCAUUCCUAAGCGAUUAAUUCACUGCCGUACCUGCACUCAUUUGUUUUCUUUCUGAAACAGUUUGAAAUCUGGAUGAAUUUAGCCGUUUCCAUUCAUGUAGUUACUGCUUUAGGUACCACAAAAGUGGUCUCUUCCCUUUUUAAAGCUGAGGCAACAUAUCAGUAUUUUAAGGUGCAUUUUAAUGUUCUUUAACACUUAAUAUUCUAGAGGUCAUCAAGAGCUUGUGCUGGACACAUGUAAUCAAAGCUGGGUGUGAUGUAUUUGUGGUUUGUUUUACUUUGGUGUGCAAUAACAGUAAUUCAAGACUCAUUUAUUUCAUUUACAGAUUUAAGUAGUUGGACUACUGUCACUAAUGGACUGAAGUGGAAAAUUAAUUUUCGGUUUAUAGACUGCAGCACAUAGAAGGGAUCCACACACUCUUGCGGUGUGGCACAGAUGCAAAAGUGUGGCAACCGUGACUGGGCGCUUUUCUUUCCAAAGAAAAGCACUCCUAUUUAAGCUUUAUCGGAGCGGAGAUUGUAAAGCAUUACCUUUUAAAGCAAUAUGAUUAAUUCUGCGUAUAUCAGUAUUUCGAGGAUAAAUUCAUUGUGGAGAAGGGGGGCAUCAUAGUUUGUACACAGUGUAAAGAUUUGUUUUGAUCUAAUGUUAUAAUUAAUUGACCAACUGGAGCUAUCAAAGUCAUGCAAUAAAUUAUUCUGAUGUA